UGACCACAUUUGCUCUCUGUAUUUUGUGUUUCUGGUGCAAUACAGAUCUUAAUUUUUUUUCUCCUUUCUUCUUUAAUCGACAUCCUUCCUCUCAAGAUGGAGAAGAAAAAACAACUUUUCUUCGCCGUUCUUCUUUCUCUUCUCCAAUUUUCAUCUUUUCCUCUUGUCUCACCGGACUUCACUCCUCUGGAUAAUUAUCUACUCGACUGCGGAUCGAACACAAACACUGCAGUCGAUACCCGACAAUUCGUCGGAGAUUCAACGAGCACCGGGUCAGCCUUUCUCUUUGCAGCUCGCUCGGUUUCGGUCUCAGACGCAAGCCCAUCUCAGGGCCCAUCACCUCUGUACCAAACGGCAAGAGUUUUUACUGGGUUGUCCAGCUACCAAUUCCAAAUCCAGAACAGCACCACUCACUUGGUACGUCUCCAUUUCUUUCCUUUCUCCUCUCAGAAAUACGACCUCAGUGCUGCUCUGUUCAACGUUUAUGUGAAUGGGUCUCUGCUUCUGAGCAAUUUUAGCGUCCCUAACAACAGCAGUAACAACAAAACUGCCGUGUUAAAGGAGUACAUAUUGAUGGUAGAUAGUGGGAAGUUCGAAAUUGCGUUCCUUCCUGCGAACACACCAAGUUUCGGAUUUGUAAACGCCAUAGAAGUCUUCUCUGCUCCCCCGGAUCUCAUUACUGACGCGCAAGUCGAAUUGGUUGGUUCGGCGCGAAGGAUAAAUUUAACGUCUCAGAUUUUAGAGACUGUUCACAGGAUCAACGUUGGAGGUGAAAAAGUUACACCUUUUAAUGACACUCUGUGGAGAACUUGGAUUCCUGACGACGAUUAUCUCGUUUUGAAGUCUGCGGCCAAAUCCGUUUCUCGAACUCAACCGCCUAAUUACCAGAGCAACGGAGCCAGUCAAGAGAUUGCUCCGGAUAGUGUCUACAUGACUGCCCAAGAGAUGAAUAUACCUAAUUCGAGUACAUCUAUGAAAUUCAAUAUAACAUGGUCUUUUCCGGUGAGUCCAGGUGGUGUUAGGUACCUGGUCCGGUUCCAUUUCUGCGAUAUUGUUAGCACCUCGCUUUACUUGCUGUAUUUCAACGUAUAUAUCUAUGACUACUAUGCGCAGCAAGAUCUUGACAUAUCUUCCCAUAUGGCCCCUUUUCUGGCAUCUCCUUAUUACAUUGACCGUGCCGUCGAUUCGGAUAGUUCAGGAUCCCUGCUCAUAAGAGUUGGCCCUUCCAAUUUGAGCGCCAACCCAAACGUCAAUGCUUUACUGAACGGAGUAGAAAUCAUUAAGUUUGCGAAUGUUGAGGGUUCGAUUCCGCCGACUGAGUCAAAGAAGUCGAAUGUUGCGGUUGUGGUGGGAGCGGUAGUCGGAGGAUUUGCUCUUAUAUGUCUUCUGAUAACUGCAACUUUGCUCAGAAUGAAAUGCAGGGAGAAGAAGAAAGCACAACUAAAACCGGAUGAAACUGGGGUAUGGUCACCCUUAGAUUUAUAUGGAGGGAGUUCCUACAGCAAGAUAUCUGAAGGGACUCUCAGUGGAUCCCCUGCUCGGAACUUAAAUCUUGGUUUGAAGAUUCCUUUCGCUGAAGUAAAGUAUGCAACGAAGAGCUUCGACAAGAAAUUGGUUGUCGGUACGGGUGGAUUUGGUAUGGUGUACAAGGGAGUGCUCAGAGACAACACAAGAGUUGCUGUGAAGCGAGGUGUACCGGGGAGGCAGGGCCUUCCAGAAUUCCAAACAGAGAUAACAGUUCUGUCGAAGAUUCGCCACCGGCAUCUCGUUUCCCUGAUUGGGUAUUGCGAAGAGCAGUCGGAGAUGAUACUGGUAUACGAGUAUAUGGAGAAGGGGCCAUUGAGGAACCAUUUAUAUGGUUCAGAGUUUCAACCUUUGUCUUGGAAGCAGAGGCUUGAGAUAUGCAUUGGUUCAGCCAGAGGCCUCCAUUACCUUCACACAGGUUCAACUCAGGGAAUCAUCCACCGCGAUGUUAAAUCAACCAACAUUUUGCUUGAUGAAAACUAUGUCGCCAAGGUCGCUGACUUCGGCCUUUCAAGGUCUGGCCCCUGUCUGGAUGAGACCCAUGUUAGCACUGCUGUAAAAGGUAGCUUUGGGUAUCUGGACCCAGAGUAUUUUAAACGGCAGCAGCUGACUGAUAAAUCAGACGUCUAUUCAUUUGGAGUGGUACUUCUUGAAGUACUCUGUGCGAGACCGGCCAUUGAUCCCCUGCUAUCAAGGGAGCAAGUUAACUUAGCUGAAUGGGCAAUGAAAUGGCAAAAGAAAGGGUUGAUUGAGCAGAUCAUUGAUCCCCAUCUGGUGGUUGAUAUAAACCCUAACUCUCUUAGGAAAUUCGCAGAGACGACAGAGAAAUGUUUGGCUGAGUAUGGUGUUGAUAGGCCCACAAUGGGUGAUGUGCUGUGGAACUUGGAAUAUGCACUACAGCUUCAGCAGACUGCUGUAAACAGAGAACCACACGAGGACAGCAUCACUCAUGCAUCUGAUCUCCCAUUACCUAGAAUUGUUCCACGUAUUCCUUCUAGUAAUGUAAGAAUUGAAGAAGACAGUUAUGGGAAUUCGGAGGUAAUUACGAGCCAAGUUUUUUCACAGUUGAUAACCAAUGAAGGCAGAUAGUUAUGAAGGAUAGCCACUAGGCAAUCAUCAAGAAUGACAGUGAACAGAUGAUCAAGUUUUGAAAAUCAUAUUAAGAAACACUGUUACCCAUUCCAAUGUGAUGUUUCAGGAGCAGACGUGCCCAUACAUCAUUUUGGAGUCCCAGUUAGUUGUUUCUUCAUCUUCCUUUCCUGCAUUGGUGCUGAAGACGACAGUCCAUGGUUAUUGAUUUAUUGCCACUUUCAAUUUACAUCUUGUCAUUCCAGUUCUUAGAAUUAAGUAAUUCUUUUCUUUCUAACUUCAUGUAUCCAAGAAACAAACUGGGCCCCAAUUGAAUGUAUAACUGUGUAUACUCUUUUGGCUGUAUAAAAGAGGAAUGAAAGACUUGUGGAAAUGAGAUUGCUAUCAUACACAACCUCGGUUACAGAAU